UACGCCAGCCGGCGAGCGCGAGUGAACACAUUACAACGACGCCAUUUUGUUUUGUUUUUUUCAUUACAAAAUUUUAAUGUUAACAGUGCAUUGUAGAUUAAAUAAUUUUAAUGAUAAGUGCUGAUAAGGUAUUGUGAUUUAGAUUCUAGUGCUGUUUGUGUGUUCAUUGGAUUUUAGUGUGCGGAGCCGCUAUGUCGUCCUAGCCACGAUGUCCACAGUCCACGUGAGCGUGUAAGAUGGCGCUGCUGAACUCCUCGACCGCCAACGGUCCAAAUCCUCAGAGUCAUUCGACUCCACUACAUCAUUACUUCCACUAUCUGAAGCAGCCGUCACCGUUAUCACAGAACCCUUAUGCCCCGGGACCUCACAUGGGCAUGGGCCCAGGACUCGGGGGCCUGGGACCCUUCGGACUGACCCACCACGGUCUCGAGGCUGUCGGAUUCCCUCAAGGUGUGAAUCCUCGUAAGCAGCGGAGGGAAAGGACGACCUUCACUCGCGCUCAGCUGGAUGUUCUGGAAGCUCUGUUCGGGAAGACGAGGUACCCGGACAUCUUCAUGAGGGAGGAGGUCGCGCUCAAGAUAAACCUGCCAGAGUCCAGGGUUCAGGUCUGGUUUAAGAACCGUCGCGCCAAAUGUAGACAACAGCUCCAACAACAGACGAACUCGCAGAUCAGCAGCAAAUCUUCUUCAUCAUCAAAGACGAUAUCCGCAGCCAGCUCAAUGAAGAGCUCCUCCAACAAAAUCUCCUCAACGAAACCCUUAACCUCCUCCAACUCCUUGACCUCCACGCAGAACAGCAUAACCACAUCUUCCCCCAACCUCCCCACCCCCACCACAUCCGUCAGCCCCCCCAUCAACGUCAUAUGCAAGAAAGAAUCCGCGCCCAGCUACGACUCGUCCCCGCUAAACAAAAACCUCACAUCCAUCAACCAUUACACCAACGAUCUCCGGACCAAAGAUUCCUCUCCAUCCGAGGUGAACGUCCACAACUACGGAGUCACGCCCAAACAAGAACUAUACAACAGUCCCAAAAGACUUGAAUACAAUAAAGUGGACUAUACAGAGAAAUUCGGUGGGAAUCUGGUCAAAGAGCAGUACAACUCGCGCCUGACGGGCAACCUCACGCCGCUGGGGUCCAAUUCCUCUAUAAUGACGACCCCAUCACCCCCAAUCACCCCCCAGAGCAUCAACGGGCCGGGGAACGUUUAUCACCCCGACAGCUACAACAGCUUCCACUGGCCCGGCAGCUCGGACUACAUCCGCAGUUACUCCGGCACACAUCACCAGGGAUACGGACAGAGUUACAACUCGCCUUACUAUCCCUCACAGAUGGAAUACUUCAACGGGUCAUCAGUGAACCAGGCUCACGGGAGUCACCACGGUCACAACCUGUCAGCGAACGGCAACCAGCUGUACAACCAGGUGUCGUUCGGCAACCCGUCCCCGCCGGCCGCCUGGAGCUCACACAACAUACUCUCGUCGGGAGCCGAGUCCCCCGACAACCAAGCCCAGAACCACCUCAGCAUGAUCCAAGCAUCACAAAUAACGAACUUCCCCAACACCAGCAAUAGUUACUUCGCGCCGGAGAAAUACGGCAUCAAUAUGGUCUAGUUGUUUAAUAACGACUCUCCGAAAUACAUUCGCUCCGAACACGUUCAUCAUUCGCGUAUCAUUUCACGUUCCGAAUUCAAAAUCGCUCCAUCGCGUUCAAAAUCAAAGCCGACAUCUGAAUUCGAAUUUUAAAAUCCUACCACUUGAGUAGACUCGGUGUUAAAGGAAUUCGAUUUUUAAAAUCGUUUCAUUUCAUUUGAUAUCCAAGUUUGAACAAACAUUCGAAUUUUAAAAAUCGCUCCGAUUCCCACAGCGUUGAGUGAUUUGAAAUGUGGAAGGAUUUUGAAUUUGGAACGUUUCAUGUGACGCGUCAGUACAUAUCAAGGAUUGAGAGCGAAUGUAGUUCGUACAGCUCGCUCUUACAUAUUGUUAUAAACUAAGUGUUCUAAACGUCGCCUGGACGGCGGGAAUUUUGACCGUUUGAAAUAUGCUGAAAUUAAUUGAAACGACUUAAAACACACGAUACCUUAGAUUCAAACGUACGUAAUGUCCGCCGUCAGACGAUUUUAUAAUAUUUUUCGUAUAAUUUCUUAUAAGAUUCCUAAAAAUCAACGAAACUGAACUCAGGCCUAAGAAACGACGACCGUUAUCUCGUGAGCCGCUCGUGACUCGGCGACGCUCGGAGCGCGGGAGUGAUGUACAUAAUAUGUGUAAUGUUUCAUUUAUAAUUAUAAUUUAAUAAAAAAUAAAUAAAUUCAAAUGUAAAUGUGCGUGCUGAUCGUAUGUAUAUGUGGAAUAAGAAAUGUUUAGGAUUACUAAGUGUUGUUUAGGGGAGUCCCCGGCGUUGCUCGCGGUGUUGCCACUACAGAAGAAUCACCGUUCUCUAUAUGUUUAUGAUUUCUAUCAUACGUUCCGUUUUCCCACUCGCACUGUGACGUCACAUCCUGUGCGUUUUGUACAGCUAAUGUAAAAAAUAAUAAUAAUAAUAAUAAUUUAUAUAUUUACUUAUUAUAAAUAUUAAUUAAUUCUAAGUCGUAUUUGCGUCGUCAAAUAGUCUUUAAUGCAAUUCAACUUGGGACGAGUAUUGUUUUAUUAGUGUCUGUAUAGAACUGGAAGCGUCAUCAAAACGGGCUUAGUAUUUUAUUUCGUCACGACUGAAACUGCGUUUCUAUUAAUUUAAAAUUUUUUAAUUGAUAUUUUUGUAUAAAUUGAUAUAUUAUGAUGAAAAAGAUUUCUUUUCUAAAGGAAUUGUAGAUAACGUGGAAGUAAUAUUAGAGCCUUGCUUGAACAUAGCUAAGUUAGUUAAGUAUCGUAAUGUGUUUUGGGCGAAGUCAGUGUAAUUUUUUUUUUUUUAGUUUUUUUUUUGUAACCUAAGUUGUAAUAAAUAGCUAAUGAAUUAUUGAAUCCGAAUAUAUGCAUAUAAAAUACA